AUGUGGCGCCCAGCUACCAAAGCAGUAUCCGGGACAAACGAUGUCCCGGUGGCCAACAAGCGCCGAUUCGGUCUGCCCGAAGAGGCCCCACCUCCCGCCGCUGCGCCCGGUCCAGGCUACUCUCGCCCUCCUCCGCAGGACAUGCAAUUCUUCAACGGUCGACAAGAGCGCGAUAGGGCCCAAGAACCCGCUCGGUGGGAUGAGCCUCGGCGCGAUGACAGGAGGGAUGACAGGAGGGAGGAGCGGAGGGAUGAUAGGGGGUAUGAUGGGGGAAGGGACAGGGAUAGAGAGCGGGACAGGGAGAGGGAUAUGGGCAGAGAGAGGGAGAGGCGGUAUGAUGAUCGCGAGGAUCGAGGGAGGGACCGAGAGCCUCUGAUUUUAGACGCACCACGGAAGCGAAAGUCCAGGUGGGGUGCGGAAUCGCAAAAGGUCGAACUCCCCGGUCUCCCUUCCCAAAUCACUGGAAAGGUCUCGCAGACGGAAUUGGACAACUACGCCAUCCACGUCCGUCUCGAGGAAAUCGGUCGUAAGCUCCGCACCGGAGACGUCAUCCCUCCUCCCGGUCAGCGCUCUCCUUCCCCCCAACCAGAAUACGACCCGUACGGUCGCCGCACCAACACGCUCGAUAUCCGAUACCGCAAGAAGCUCGAAGAUGAGCGUCUUCGCCUCAUUGACCGAGCGAUGAAGGCCGACCCAACAUUCAAGCCGCCCACCGAUGUUUAUGCUGGCCGAGGUGGUCGGUUCGGGCGUCCCUCGGACAAGGUGUACAUCCCCGUCAAGGAGUUCCCGGAGAUCAACUUCUUUGGUCUCUUGGUCGGGCCGCGUGGAAAUACGCUCAAGACGAUGGAGAGGCAGUCGGGUGCCAAGAUUUCGAUCCGAGGCAAGGGGAGUGUCAAGGAGGGCAAGCAGAGACCUGGAGACUUCCCGAAUGACGAGGAUGAUGAGUUGCAUUGUCUGGUUAUGGCGGAUGAUGAGGCCAAGGUGCGGGCCUGUGUGGCGUUGAUCAACAAGGUUAUCGAGACUGCUGCUUCUACUCCCGAAGGCCAGAACGACCACAAGCGACACCAGCUUCGAGAGCUCGCCUCCCUGAACGGUACACUCCGAGAUGACGAGAACCAGCUCUGCCAGAACUGUGGUGAAAAGGGCCAUCGCCGGUGGGAAUGCCCCGCCCAGCGCGUCUACUCUGCCAACGUUAUCUGCCGACUCUGCGGCGGUGCCGGCCACAUGGCGCGUGAUUGCCGCGGCCGAGGCGACCCCAACAUGAUGCCCACCAAGGAUACCGCCUUCGAUUCGGAAUACACCGCGCUCAUGCAGGAGCUCGGCGAGCAGGGUGGGCAUGCCAUGCCGGGUGGGAUCCCCCAGGUACCGAAGAAUGAGAUUCCGCCUUGGCGUAUGCCGGAGAAUUGGCAGAACCAGCCUUUCCUUCAAGGUGGAUUCCGAGGACCUCCCGGCGGCGGUGGCGGUUACCAAGGUGGCGGAGGUGGCGGGUACGGGCAGCAGCAACAGCAUCAGAAUCCGGGGUACGGGUACGGUCAGGGUGGUGGACCACCCCAGGGCUACGGCGGUGGUGGAGGCGGUGGUGGUGGCGGGUAUGGCGGACCUCCCGGUCAAGUCCAAGGUGGCGCACCGGACGCGUAUCAAAAGUGA